AUGGAAAGGGUGGUGGGGGUGGACGGGUGGGAAUUUCGGUCUAAAAAAUUCUUCCAUUUUAUUUCAGAUCGAAAAGGGCCCAGUUUGAAGGAGCUGAAAAGGGGCGGCGACUCUCGCGUUGGAUGUGAGGAGAUUUAUCUGCCCAUGUGUAAGGGCCUUGUCCCAUACACACAUACAAAGUUGCCAAACCAGUUCAACCACACCACACAGGUAAGUCACACACACCUAGAACGUCUGUGGCCAUACAUGGACCAGUCCUGCUCAAAGAACGUCCGCGUCCUGGCAUGCGCUACCUACCUACCUAAAUGCCACGGAAAGCACCCUGCUCAAGGGCCGUGUAAGAAAACCUGCAUGCAAGCGAAGAAGAAAUGUGCCGUGACGUUGAAAGAGCUAAUGGGCCUCAACUGGGCAGACAAGUUUGAAUGUAAGGGGUUGCCAGCUCGUAACUGUGUGAAGCCAGUGAAGGACACAAAGUGCGCUAAUGAACACACACACUGCGUGGAAAACUCCGUGAUGCCUUUUUGUGGUAACUUGACGUUCAUGUGGGGGACACUGCCCAACAUGUUCGGGCAGUGCAGCAUUGAUGAGCUGAACUCGGAGAUGCAGCAACUCAACGCCCUGGUAGCCACAAACUGCCAUCUUCACCUCAAGUUCCUCAUCUGUGGUGUGUACUCCCCUUUCUGUAUCAGAAAUGAGGUACCGUUCACCUUCCCGUGCAGAGAACUCUGUGAUGAGAUCCGCAAGGCAUGUGAGCCUCAUUACAGACGACUCUACCACGGCCUGCCCUGGCCACAGAAGCUGCAGUGUCACAGAUACCCAAACAGUGAGAGCACUGACAUCGAAUGCGUCAUGCCAAACGAGGGAUCUACUUUCCUCGGCGGAUGA